AUUGAGAUGAAGGGAAUGGCCAGGGUGUGUGUAUCAACCUUAGUAUAGAACCAAAGGUGUUUGUGGUCUUUCCAAGUUGAAGGACACUUUAAAUGUGUAAGUCAGAAUUUAAGCGUUUAGUUGUUGAACCGGCGCCAGCGCGAAUACGCUGUCAUGGCUGAAUACCAGAAGCGACUAGGAUGCACACACAGCGGGUGCCACUUCGCAUUAGCUGCACUUUGUUGCGGACUUUUGGCAUUGGGACUAUACUGCACAACUGCACCGGUGUUUUGCGCUGGUAAAUCACCUUCACAUGAAGUAUUGAGUACACUGGUGUGCUCGAGCUUUAAGGAGAAUACGAACGAAGUAGAAGGAGCUGGGUUCAUACCCGAUGCUGAUUGGUCGCAAUCACCUUUAUAUAAGAAUGUGAAGGCCUAUAAGGACGUUGAUACAACAGAGGAAAUUCUCACGCCGCUUAGCUACGAUGAUGGGAGUACGCAUCCGCCAGUACUUCAGCAGAUAUCGUUGGAGACGUUCAUUCAAGAGAUUGUGGAGGUUGAAGCACGACACAGCAUUACUGAUAAACAAGGCAGUGUUGUUCCGAUGAGCAUAACAGAGGCCUACGUUCAGCAUACUCUGAAAUCCCUGAUUUCCGUUCUUUUUGAAGGAUCCAAAGGGAAGGGAAGAUUAUUCAGAAAAGAGCUGUCAUUGGCGAAUGUUUCUCAGGCGUAUAAGAAGUGCACUAGCAAUAUGUCAUAUGAGAAUCUGCAUGCCGUACUGUAUCUGACAAGCCGUCUCGUACAGGCGCUGGAUAAAGAACCAAGAUGUGAGUGGUGGCUCACCAACGGGUCUGGUGUUGGUCUAUGGAGAGGAAGGUUGGUACCGUGGGAACCUGAUGUUGAUCUUGCUGUAACCGCGCGCUCAAAAAGAUGGUGUAUGAAUGCCCUGUGGGAUGAUGGUGGUUUCGUUCUCAAACAGAUGCUAAUGAAAUGCAGUACCCGAAAAGGGAACACAUUGAGGUGUAGGAAGGAUAAAAAGAAGACACACUGGAGCGUAGCACAGCGCCUCAGCCUGUCGGAAGAGCUGCUCGCUAUUCAUCGAAAGACACGUGUCGACCUCCAUGUUUUUGAAAGGAACAACCAGGGGCGAUUUGUUCAAGAAUGCGGAGAAGAUGCUGCAGAUCGGCAGUGCAAAGUAGAAUGGACGGAAAGGGAUAUAUUUCCGCUUACUAAAUACAGUCUCAAAGGAGGGCUUCGGGCGAAUGGACCGGCGAAUCUGACCGCCUUUAUGGAUCUACUCUUCCCUUUCCAACCGGCGGAGGAUCAAGACAGUAACAUUAAGGCGCAGUUGACACAGCAACGGACGAAUUUGCAGUGCAUUGCAGCCGUCGAAGCUUUGGGUUGGGUACAGGAUCAUUUAUUUGUAGAUUUCUGGGAGAACCGGAAGAAACAUCCUAAGAGAUGAAAUUUUAGGUCGUUCUCACUGGACGGCCGCGGCUACACGCCCUCAUAUGUGAACCAGUAUUGCUGUAUGGCAGCUCUUCUUUCAAAUAAGCAGCGAUACCUGCGGCUUUUUGAGAUUGUAGGCGGUAUUUGCGUAUCUGAGAAACAAGUCAAGAACAUCUAAGAGAUCUUGAUGUGCCCGUGAAAGCGAAACAGGCCAGCGAACGCGUGCACCUUCUAUCUGUGACUUCGUAUGCUAUAACAUAGCAUCAGCAUUAGAAAUAUCGAGCUGAAAAUGCUAAUGAAGCAAAUAAAAACAUAAGGGUAGAGCAGCUUGGAUUUGCCCUGAGGUGGGUACAGUCCCGCGAGCAUCAAUUCCCGUUCCAGGCCAUUUACCGCUACAUUAAUGAUGGUAUGGGGCACUA